AUGUAUUUUGUUAACAUUGGAAGAGUACUAGAUGUUGGCUGGUUUGCAAGUAGUUGGCGUGCAGUUAAAUCUGUGUGGAGAACAUUUCCUGCCCUAAGUCAACACUUUCAUUCAUCUUCACUAGACAUAUCUAGAGACACAAAAUCAAGAAGUAAAGACUUAGUGCGUCAUAAAUCGGCGGACGAUACGAGAUGCAAAAAAAUUCAAAAAAAUAUUGAAACUCAAAGUAUUUGGAAUAUUUUGUAA